GGGCAUGUACAUUCAGCAUCCUGUUUUCCCGUACCACAAGUAUAUAAAGGUCUGGUGAAUCACAAAAGCGACAUUCAAAUCGUUUAUUCUCUCGUGGAUAAACGUAACAGGCAGGAUGCGUAUUCUUAACGUUGCAGUUGUCGUAGUCUUGGUCUUCCUUGGCUCCGUCUUUGGUGGCCAUGGUGGUGGUGGCCAUGGAGGCGGAGGCCAUGGUGGUGGUGGUGGCCAUGGAGGUGGAGGCCAUGGUGGUGGUGGCCAUGGAGGUGGAGGCCAUGGUGGUGGUGGCCAUGGAGGUGGAGGCCACGGUGGUGGUCAUGGAGGCGGCGGCCAUGGUGGUGGUCAUGGAGGCGGCGGCCAUGGUGGUGGUCAUGGAGGUGGCGGCCAUGGAGGAGGCCACGGAGGAGGUGGUCACGGAGGAGGUGGCGGCCAUGGAGGAGGCCACGGAGGAGGUGGUCACGGAGGAGGUGGCCAUGGAGGAGGUGGUCAUGGAGGAGGCGGACACCAUGGUUGAAAGAUCCAAGGAUCAUAAUAUUCACAUCAAAUGCUGGACAUUUGAUAUCACAUUUGUGGAUUUCACUUACCAUGCUGCUGCAUCCAACCAAUCUGUAUAUUCCUCAACAAGUACAAAUAAAGCUGUGAUUUAUACUGUAA